GCAUGCGCAGAGAGCAGAUUUAGCAGCUGUAUUUCCUGCUUGCUGUUUCCACUCGGAGCAAUGGCAGAAGUGAAAGCUUCCCUGAUUUGUGGAGCUAUAGCGGCUUUCCUAAGUUCAACGGUGCUUGCUUUUGUUGAAGACCUAGAUGACUCAUUUAAAGAUACCAGAGUGAAUGACAUCUGGCUGGUUGAUUUCUAUGCUCCAUGGUGUGGUUAUUGUAAAAAACUAGAGCCAGUAUGGCACGAAGUGGGAGCAGAGCUGAAGAGCUCCGGAUCACCGGUUCGUGUAGGAAAGAUGGAUGCCACUGCUUACUCAGGAAUGGCAUCAGAGUUUGGUGUUCGUGGUUACCCUACAAUAAAAUUGUUAAAGGGUGAUCUUGCCUACAAUUACAAGGGACCAAGGACAAAAGAUGAUAUAGUAGAGUUUGCCAACAGGGUGGCAGGUCCAGCCGUUCGGGCGCUUCCCAGCAGGCAGAUGUUUGAGCACAUGAUGAAACGCCAUGAUGUUCUUUUUGUGUACGUCGGUGGGGAGUCUCCCCUCAAAGAGAAGUACCAUGAUGUAGCGUCUGAGCUCAUUGUUUAUACUUACUUCUUCUCGGCUUCAGAGGAAGCUUUACCAGAGUCGGUGUCUUUCUCGGAGCUUCCCACUGUUGUAGUCUUUAAGGACGGAGCCUAUUUUACCUAUGAUGAGUAUGAAGAUGGGAGCUUGUCAUCGUGGGUGAACAAGGAGCGCUUCCAAGGAUACCUUCAGAUAGAUGGUUUUACCUUGUACGAGCUGGGAGAAACAGGCAAACUAGUGGCGAUUGCAGUCAUUGAUGAGAAGGACCCCACAGAGAAGAGCGGCAGAUUAAAGACCUUGAUGCAGAGAGUGGUGAAGGAAUACAGAGAACAAUUUAACAGAGAAUUCCAGUUUGGCCACAUGGAUGGGAACGACUACAUUAACAGCCUCAUUAUGGGCGAGGUGACGGUGCCCUCUGUUAUCAUCCUCAACACAUCCAAUGAGCAGUACUUCCUGCCCAGUGAGCCAACUGAGACCAUGGAACAGCUGGUCCAAUUCAUCAACAAUGUUUUGAACGGUUCUGCACAGGCAUAUGGAGGUGACGGCAUCAUUCAGAGGAUUAAACGUAUAGCCUUUGAUGCCAGAUCCACCAUAAUGUCAGUUUUUCGCAGCUCUCCACUCUUGGGCUGCUUCCUGUUCGGCCUACCACUGGGUGUAAUUAGCCUGAUGUGCUACGGCAUCUGCACAGCUGAGUCAGAUGACGGUUCAGAUGAUGUUGUGGAUGCUCUCAAGAGGGAGGGCUUCACUGACGAGGAGGAGGAAGAGGAGGAGGAGAGGCAACGCAUCUCUGAGCUGGAGGGUCCCGAAGAAGGAGAGGAGGAGGAGGAGGAUGUUGGAGAGAAGGAUCCCGAAGAGAAGAAAACCGAUUAACAUAGGGGCACCCGCUGGAUAAAGGAUGAUAGGCCUAGUCAAAUGCAGUGACAUGAAACUCAAAGACAUAUCUAUGUAAUACUGCUUCUUUGUUUUUCAUCUCACUUCCUCUUAAAACCCCUCCAAGCCCCUCUAGCACGGACUGUUCUCCCAUCUUCAGUGUGUCCGUGAGUAAGGAUGGCUGCUAGGUGAAGUCUCUGAAUUAAAAUUAAAGGCCUUUUCAAUAAUGGAGUGUAAACAGUAUCUAUAAGAAGAAGGGAUGGCUGUGAACCAAACACCCACCUUAUUUAUUAUGAUUCUGAAAUGGGAUGGUUUACAUUCUCUGUUAUACCAUUUAUUUGAAACCACUUACAGAUAAAUGCCCCCAUUAUAUCAUUGUCAUAUCUAAAACUUUUUUUCUUUUCAUUCUGAUUCUUGAUAUAUCCUGCAAUGGUAGAAACCAAUAAAUAUUGCCUUUCAUAUAAAAUUACUACUCUAAAAUUCUGUUUACUUCUUCCCCUGACCCAAACUGUAGAUGUUGUUACUGAUGUGUGCAGAGUGAAAAGGAAGUGCCCGGGAAGGAAGAUCUGCCAUAAAUGAAAUGUACUUUUUCUAUUGUAUGCUAUUGCCUGAAAAACUUUCUUCUUCUUGUUCUUCAAGGGGUGCAAAGUGCCGAGACAGUCGCGCAGUUUGACUUAUUUUUCUGUCAGCCACCUGUCCAUUUGUUUUAAAAGACGAUGAAAAAAAGCUUAAAUGGCUGUUUGUAUCACUCCCAACAUGUCAGGAUUUUUUUCUUUAACCCAUUUCCACCCAAAAUGACCACCCCACUUAAAAUGUCUUGUAUAGAUGGGUUCUACCUGUCAAGCAAAAGCCAUAACAUGCAUCAAUGGCUCCUGUAGCUCUUCACAGCUCAUAUUCCUCAGACAGACAGGAUCUGUCUGUUUCCAUAUUUCAUUCUCACCUCCAUCACCAUUUCCUAUAUUAUAUCCAGCUAGCAUUUUGAAGUGUACAUCCCAGUGCAGAGUGAUGCACACUGAGCAUAGAGAAUAUUAGGACUUUCUUUUUUUUUUUUUUUUCUUUGUUACAACGUAUUGUCAGUUGGUCUUGAAGCUUAGAAACCUAGCUAUAUUCUAUUUUCCUUUCCUUGUGACUGAAGUGUAUGUAAUAGCUGAAAUCCAUUGGGGGUACAGCUUAUUCCUUUAAUCCACCAGACCAAUAUAUUUCAAGUGUAAUUCUGUUUUUAUAAAAAAGAAAAAGAAAAGCACAUCCAGGGAGGCAACUUUAAGGCCCUGAAAUAACGCUUCAUAACCCAAAUACCUGCUAAAUAGAUUCCUGUUUUUAAUUGUUUAGAAAUAACAGAAGUUUCCCUUUUCAAGUACAGCAUUGGAUAUUUAAUGUUGAACAUUUUUGGAAAGUACACUCGCUUGUAUUCUUAUUAAGAGUUAAGUAGAGAAAGAUCAAAUGUAUGUUAGGCCAAGCUGAAGUGUGGCAUUAAGACUGGAAACAAGGAAAUGGCUUCUCAAGUUGUCAAAGGAUAACAGUCUGCCCAACUGCAGCUCACUGAUUCGCAUAAGCCACAUGAUGUUCAUCUUGCUUUAGCUUGAAAACUUGAUCAGCUUAGGCACCUGAACAUAAGCAAACCUGUUGUUUGUAACGCAGGUUACCUGUAAUUACUACUGUGAAACCGCACUGCCCUUACCUUGCCUUCUGGUCUUAGUUGCCUGUCAUUCUCUGCCAAACUUCUUCUUAUUUUGAAUUAAGAUUGUCACAAUUUAUUACAGAUUUUAAAAAGUGGAAAUAAAGCUUGUCCUUUUUUUCUUUUUGA